AUGAGCCAGUAUUGCCGACCUUUCCAACUGCUCGCAUCUUUUCUAUGUUGUUUCCUAGUGUUUGUAACAGCUAACAAGGAGAAGAUAAAUCAACGUGAUUAUCAGGUGUGUGCAGGAAUGUAUUCCAAGGAAGACUGGAAGGGCAAAGUCAAUCCAUUUAUAUCAUUCAAUCUUAAGAAAAUAAGUGGAUUGAGUAUAGAUUCUGAUCCUGGUAUAAUUGUUGCAAUUUAUGAUUUUCAAGAUUUCGAGCACUUGGGCGUAGAAAUGUCCGACGGAGAAAUGUACUAUGUUUGUGAUGAUUAUGCUGUUGAUACCGGACUUUGUGAAGAGGAAGAUCGUGAUAAGUUUAUUAUUCAGGACGUUGUAUAUGAUCCGUAUACUUCCGCCAACAGGUCUCUGGCCAAUCCAAUCAUGACCUUUUCUCAAAAUGAGGUAGGUUUACAUGAUGUUAGCUAUCCAGUAACGGAGACGGGUUUUUAUUGUGUCACUGCCUUCAAAUCAACGGGCUCUACCAAAUUCAACGCUGUGGUGAAUUUUAGGAAUGCGUAUGGACAUCUUGCAGGCACUGAGAUUAAUAAGCUGCCGCUAUAUGGUCUUUUAGCUGUGGCGUAUGUUGUAGCCAUGGCGUUAUAUUCAUUCGCCUUCUGGAAACACAAGCACGAAUUGCUACCAUUACAAAAAUAUUUGUUGGCCUUUUUCGUGUUUUUAACCGCAGAAACAAUAUUUGUAUGGGCUUACUAUGAUUUGAAAAAUGAAAAGGGCAAUACAGCGGGAAUUAAAGUUUACAUGGUGUUCCUAUCUAUAUUGACGGCUGGUAAAGUCACAUUUUCAUUUUUCCUAUUAUUGAUUAUUGCUCUGGGUUACGGUAUUGUAUACCCUAAGUUAAAUAAGACUUUGAUGAGGCGUUGCCAAAUGUAUGCUGCAUUGACGUAUGCAAUCUGCAUUGGAUUUUUAAUCCAAAGUUAUUUGACUAAUAUGGAAGCACCAUCUCCAUUGAUCCUGAUCACUUUGAUCCCUAUGGCGCUUGCAUUGGUCAUUUUCUACUACAUGAUUAUCAGAUCCAUGACAAAAACCGUUAUUUAUUUGAAAGAACAGAGACAGAUUGUGAAACUGAAAAUGUACAAAAAGUUGCUGCUUAUCAUGUAUGCUUCUUUUCUAAGUGUUCUAGCUGGCAGUAUAGUUUCAUCUUUUAUUUACGUCGGCAUGAACACCAUUGAUAUGAUUGAGAAAAAUUGGAGAUCGAGGUUCUUCGUUACGGAUUUUUGGCCUACAUUAGUGUAUUUCAUUGUUUUUGUCAUUAUUACAUUCUUAUGGAGACCAACUGACACUUCAUACAUGUUAGCUGCAUCUCAGCAAUUACCUACAGAUCCAGAAAACGUUGCAGACUUCGACUUAGGUGAUUUACAAUCCUUCGACGAUCAAGAUGAUGCUAGCAUCAUCACUGGCGAGCACGGCAUAGACGAAGACAUGAAUUUGAAUUUUACUGAUGAUGAAGAAGGGAAUGAUAAUGUUAAUAAUCAUGGCCUAGGUCAUGAACCUUUACCGUCCUAUCCAAAAAAAUAA